UGCCGCGGUCCACACCCCACCACACCGGCCGCGCCCUGCUCGUCCCAGCCUGCCUGCCAGCCUGCCUCCCUGCCCGCCUUUCCCUCGCCGCUCCCGGCAAGAUCCACAUGCAGUAGUGGUAGUAGCAAGAGGAUCGGAGGAGGAGGAGUUUGGCUGGCCUCAGCUCAGUUCAGCUCCCUUGUUGCUACUAGCAGCUGCUGCUGGUGGUGCUGCGUGCUUCGAUCGGCUGGGCUGGCUUCAAAUCAGGAACAACGACAGAUCCGAGGCUUUCUCGAAUCGGGCAGGUCCAUCAAAUCUCAAGUUAGCUGCGGCUAGCCAUCAAAUCACACUCAUCAAAUCAAAGGGGACCAAAAGGAUAUCUCUGGCUCUCCUGCCUCCUCGCUCUCCCCGGCCUAGUCGUAUAAAAUUUCCCUUUCGGCUCUGCCCCCCUUCUGCUUCCUCCGUCCCGCCCCCCUUCCUCCUCCGAUCUCUCUCUCGCAGCUCGCUCCGCUACCUGCUGCUGCUUAUUGCUUUCCCCCUGCGAUCCGUUCCUUGCCCUAGCUAGCCGCCGGCCGGAUCGAGCGAUCGAGGCUGUACGUACUCGCCGUCCGUCCUCGACUACUCCGAUCCCCCGUCGUCGAUCUCGACAGCGCCAGCGCCUCAGGUGCCGGAGCUGCCUCAUUCGGUCGCCGAAAUCUAUCAUGAUGUCGUCCUCGUCGUCGGCCGCCUUCCCGCUGGACCACCUCGCGCCGUCCCCCACCGAGCAGCUCUGCUACGUGCACUGCAACUGCUGCGACACCAUCCUCGCCGUCGGCGUGCCGUGCAGCAGCUUGUUCAAGACGGUGACGGUGCGCUGCGGCCACUGCGCCAACCUGCUCUCCGUCAACCUCCGCGGCCUCCUGCUCCCGCCCGCGGCACCGCCCGCCAACCAGCUCAGCUUCGGCGGCGGCGGCGGCCACUCCUUGCUCUCCCCCACAUCCCCGCAUGGCCUCUUGGACGAGUUCGCGCUCCAGACGCCGAGCCUCCUCAUGGAUCAGGCGAGCGCCAACCUGAGCAACACCAUCACUGGCCGCAGCAACAGCAGCAGCUGCGCCAGCAAUAACCUGCCCGCCGCGCCGCCGAUGCCGGCAGCGAAGCCGCCCGUGCAGCAGGAGCCCGAGAUACCCAAGAGCGCCCCGUCGGUGAACAGGCCUCCGGAGAAGCGGCAGAGAGUCCCGUCGGCGUACAACCGGUUCAUCAAGGACGAGAUCCAGCGCAUCAAGGCCGGCAACCCGGACAUCACCCACCGGGAGGCGUUCAGCGCAGCCGCAAAGAAUUGGGCACAUUUCCCGCACAUCCAUUUCGGCCUCAUGCCGGACCAGGGCCUCAAGAAGACCUUCAAGACUCAGGAUGGCGCUGAAGACAUGCUUCUCAAGGAUGGCCUCUAUGCAGCAGCGGCGGCAGCGGCAGCAGCCGCCAACAUGGGCAUCACCCCAUUCUAGCUGGUUACUUGGUUAGGCAUGCUCCAGCUAACAAGUUCUGCGCACGCAGUGGCCAUCGCCCAUUGCCCUUGUGCCGCGUUAGGGUUUCGUCUCAGAUCUUGAUCUCAAUAUCGCGUUUAAUUAGAGUACUUUCCAGUACGGGGUAGAAAUGGAGAAUCAAGCUGUUAGAGAACCUAGGCCUCUGUCUUGUGAUCCUCUAGGUAGUUCGACCCCUUUCAGUUCCUGUUUCCUCUAGCUUUCAGUUCGACCCCUUUCUCGUUUUUAUUCCUGGACCCCUUCUAUCCGCCUGUAGAGAAGUCGUUGUGUGCCUCCUCCGGUCCCAUGAUUGUGUCUGUUCAAGAACAUGUUUUUACCAUGGACAACUAGCUGAGCAUCUAGUAAAUCUAGCGACAGUGCCGGUAUGUCCUUCCUCCUCGCAUGAAUGGGUGUUGAUUUCUUUCA